GUCUUUUUCUUGCAUGGACUUGGAGACACCGGCAAUGGCUGGGCACCAGUAUUUCGGGCGAUGCGGUCGGGUUAUAUCAAAUUUGUUUGUCCACAUGCACCGGUUGCUCCGGUAACGAUCAACGGCGGAAUGACCAUGCCAUCUUGGUUUGAUUUGAAAGGUCUAUCAGCGUCUUCUGCAGAAGAUGAAGUUGGUAUCAAAGCCGCAUCGAAGGAAGUUCAGGGUUGGUUGGAUGAAGAAAUUAAGUCCGGAAUUCCAAGUAAUCGAAUUAUACUCGGCGGAUUUUCGCAAGGCGGCGCCCUGGCAUUGUACAGUGGCCUUACAUACGAGAAACCACUGGCUGGUUUAGUGGCGUUCAGCUGCUGGUUGCCGCUACAUCAGGAAAUAGGCGAUGUUAGUACUGUAUUUGAAAGUUUUCUGUUUCAGUAUGUGUAA